UGACCAAGCAUGCAGCUGCUCACACGUUGCUAGCUUAGCUAGCUCCGUUGCUCGCCAUCGCCAACUACUAAUACUACACACUCGCGCACGCACAUACAGCAGCAGCAGCAGAGAGCCUCGAACUCUCGAAGAGCUUUGUGCGCGCGCGCGCGCCCCGCCACCUCCACCAGCAGCAGCCAUGAAGUCGUCGUCUCAGAGUCAGAGCCCGAAGACCCCAUCGCCCCGCGGCGGCAUGGGCAGCGCCGAGCACGCGCGCUCGGCGUCGGAGCCAUGGCUGCUGGCCGCGGCGGCGGCGAGCGCCAGCGACGACUCGUGCGUCAACGACGUGGACAACUUCGCGCGCACCGUGGCGGCCGUCAAGUCCAAGGCCGCGUCGUGCGCGCGCCCGGACAUGCUGGCGUCCGUGCUGUCGCACUACGCCGCCAAGUGGCUCCCGGACGUGGCGCCGCCCCUCACGUCGUCGUCCCCGGCGUCGUCCGUGUCCGGGCGCUUCCUGCCCCCGGAGAGCCCCACGGCCACGUGGCUCAAGAAGCGGCUCCUGCUGGAGUCCCUCGUCGCCGCGCUCCCGCCGGACCCGCUGGUGGCGGGGGCCGGCGGCGGCAGCUGUUGCACCGCCGCGGCCGUCGCAACCGACGACGGCAUCACGUGCGACUUCCUGCUGAAGCUGCUCCGCGCGGGGAGCAUGGUGGGCGCGGACGCGGCGCUGCUGCGGGACCUGGAGGCCCGCGCGGCGCGGCGGCUGGACCAGGCCACGCUGGGCGCCGUGAUGAUACCGGCGUUCGGGCACGCCGGCCGCGAGCACGCUAACUCGGCGCUGCUCCUCGACGUGCCCCUCGUGCUCCGCCUCGUGCGCGGGUUCCUCAAGGAGGGCGCAGCAGCAGGCGCCACCAGCAAGGCCAGCAUCAGCGGCGCCGCCAUCAUCGGCGGCGGCGGCGCGGCGGCCGCCAGGGUGGCCAGGCUCGUGGACGCGUACCUGGCCGAGGCCGCGCUGGAGGCCGGCCUCCGCCCCGCCGAGUUCGAGGAGCUCGCGCGCGCCGUGCCCGCCCACGCGCGCCCCGCCGACGACGCGCUCUACCGCGCCGUCGACACCUACCUCAAGGCGCAUCCGAACACCGCCAAGGAGGAGCGGAAGUCACUGUGCCGGCUGAUCGACGCGCGCAAGCUAACGGCGGAGGCCGCGGCGCACGCCGUCCAGAACGAGCGCAUGCCGGUGCGCUCCGUGAUGCAGGUGCUCUUCUCGGAGCACGGCAAGCUCAACCGCCUAGCCGAGCUGAGCAACUCCUUCAGCAGCCAGCGGAGCCCCAACCCGGCGCUGGAGCUCCCCGGCCGCUGCCCCUCCAAGCGCGAGGUCCUCGCGCAGCACCAGGAGGUGCGCCGCCUCCGCGAGGACGUCGUCAGGCUCCAGGUGCAGUGCAACGCGCUGCAGGCCCAGGUGGACAGGCUGAGCUCCGAGAGGCGGCGACGCGGGGGCGGCGGCGGUGGCGGCUUCUUCAAGUGGAGCGCGUUCUGGUUCGGCGGUGGCAUGGGCGCCGAUGUUGCGAGGGUGGACAACUCGGAGAGCGACAUGGAACGCCGGACGCCGCCCAAGGGGAAGAAGAGCAGCACCGCCACGGCGACGCCAAACGCAAAGUGGCGCAAGUCAACGUCCUGAGAUGGGGAUGUUGAACUUGAAAGGAUGGUGAUCAACGGCUGUUAAUUGUGUUUUCUGCUUUUGCUUGGGGUUAUAGUUGUAAUUCCUUUGAGUUUGGAUGGCCUAUUAUAUUACUGUCAUCUUGAGUUUCUGUUCA